AUGUCGUAUGCAACAGUUCUCGUUGUAACGGAAGUACGUACACACAUAUACACAUACAUACAUACAUACAUACAUACAUACAUAUACAUACAUGCAUACAUACGUACGCACAUACGUAUACAUACAUGUACACAUACACAUACACAUACACACACACACUCACACAUAGACAUACACGCACACAUACGUUUUGCCUACAUUGUGCUUAGCUAUUGCCAGGAAGAGGCCAUCACAAGUGUCCGGAACGAAACAAGUAGUAUUGUUACGGAAAACACGAGCUGUCGAUCAGUACUAUACGAUUUAUUCACAUUACAGUUGACUAAUAUGUUGCCCUCUGCAAAGGGCACAAAUAUUGAUGAUAGUGGUGGUGGUGCUGGUGGUGGUGAUGACGGUGGUGGAGCAGAAUCGCCGAGAAAGCCAGCAAUUUUUACUGUUACUACUGACGAUGCCGGACGCGUACCUUCCACAAGUAUUAACUUAAAUAAUACAAUCCCAACUUCUAUUACUGCUGAUUCCAUCUUGUUCUCCAUAGAUCACAACGAAAAGGUGAUCGUUUUCAGCGAUGCUGCAGAAAAAUGUGCAGCGAUAGUGCUAUCCGCAAUAUUCGAGAGUAUGUCGCUGAAGCCGGAUGACAUCUAUCAGUCGUCUACUAUAGUACCAAAACCGGAUCUUGUUAUGACAUCCAAGAAAUUGUUAAAGGGUGCAAAAUCGGAUGCUUAUUCAUUAUCAAAUACAUCUCAGCAUAAUGCUCAUUCACUGAGCAAGUUAGAUUUAAUGGAAUUGAAGCGAAGUAUCGUGAAAUCGGAUUUCAAAUCUGUACAAGAUCCAUUGUCAGCAUCAAAACUGAGGAAAAACUGUUCCGUUGAUUGCCAUCCAUGGCACAGUCCCGUAUUUGAAAUUAGUAGUCUGGAUUCUUCACGAUAUGUUUGCGAAAGUGUUAUCGAUUGUGAUGAAACUAAUGCUUCCCGACCUUUCGUACUUUUCCCGUCCAUUAGGUUAUUGGUUGCUGCUCUCUUAUGCUGCUGUUUCAUUGCACUUUCAGUAAGUACAUCAAAUAUGGCUGUAGCACUGAUCUGCAUGACUUCCUGUACCAUAAAUGGUUAUAAAGGUGAUCUGCAAUGGCAAAGUGAACAGGAAGGCAUAAUAUUAGCAGCGCAAAAUGUUGGUUCACUUCUGAUGGUGAUAACGGGAUUGUGGGCCGAUCGGAUAAACGGUAAAUGGAUGAUCGGUGGUAGUUUAUUGUUGUGUGCGAUUGCCAAUGCAGUUCUACCAAUAAUGGCACAUGAAAGCGUAUGGUAUGCAAUUGCUGCAAGAUUAUCAAUUGGUGCAGCGGACGCAUGCCUUACACCUGCAACCAGUUCUUUGAUAACACGAUGGUUUCCGCAAAGUGAACGUGCAGCUGCGCUGGGUAUCGUCACAAGUGGUCGACAGAUUGGUACACUAUUUAUUUUACCAACUGCUGGUUACUUGUGCACGCGCAAAGAUAUUAUGAAUGGUUGGCCUUCUAUAUUCUAUCUUAGUGGAUUGAUUUCUAUAUUAGUUGCGUUAUUCUGGAUUCCGAUGGGAGCUGACAAACCUUCCAAGCAGUACUGCAUAUCACGUCAGGAACAGACAUUCAUCGAAAGCAGGAUAGCAUGUGAGUCAAUUGGAAAGCGUACCGCUCCACGUCACACGCCGUGGUCUGCAAUUGCUCGAUCAUCUGCAGUUUGGGCGGGGAUCUUUGCACUUGUGUGUCAUGAAUAUCCACUUGUUAUCAUGCUGCAGUUUUUGCCUAAUUAUAUGCGUGAUGUGUUGCAUUUUGCACCUGCCAAGAAUGGAAUUGUUUCAGCGUGUCCCAUAGUCUGUUUAUUUAUGAGCAAAGCUUUCUCUUCCAGCUUUUCAACUUGGCUCAUAAAACACACUGGUUGGACUAAAACUACCAUUUGUAAGAUAUUCAAUGGUAUUGCAUCAGCAGGACUGUCACUGUGCAUUAUUACGGUACCACAGUUUGACCGAGAACGAUCUUCUUUGGCAACAAUUCCUUUAUGUUGUGCAAUGCUUUUUGCGGGUUUACAUACUCCGGGCGUGCAAACGGCUUUGGUGCAACUUGCGCCACCAUAUUCAGGUAUCAUCACAGGUAUUUCGUUUUUUUGUUGCAUGGUGUUUUAUGUAUCCGGUGUAGUAGCGGCCUUGCCAGUGGUAGUAUUUACAAUCUGGGGAUCCAGUGAGCGACAGUGGUGGUCAGCGCCAAGUUCAAAAACUUCAACACACAGCCUGAAUACACAAGCUACAGUGGUUUCCAACUAA